AAAAGAAAAAAUAUUGACAAAAUGCAGCGACCGAGGCAGGAAAAAAAACUGCCAGCUACAAACAACCUAUCUUCUGUUUUUCCCCCUUUGCAUCAGUUUCGUCUCUCCUUUUUUUUUUUUUUUUGAAGUUUUUAUUUCCUCAAAUAACAUAAUUUAUGUUUUUUGAAGAUAGCGUCCUGUCUUCGAUGUCGGUAGCUUUGAUCCACUUUAUGGUUAAAUAGUAAGCGCAAUUGUUCUUUGAUUAUAUUUUAUGCUCACUUGAGCUCAAGGGUCUUUGCAAUCGAGAGGAAUCCUUGAGCAAGGCACAGCAGAGAAAGGAAAUGAAGUUAAUUUUGAAGCUAUGGUCUCUUAACAAGCACAACCAUUGGCUAUUCAAGCUUGGAGUUGCCAUUCUCUUGAUGGGUCUUGCUUUUAGGCUUUUCUUCUAUCAAUCUACCAUACUUGAACCCAAUUUGGAGGACCCUUUUGUUGAUAAAUCGCAAGUGCCAAACCCACCUCUUUCUGUUGAUAUUACAGAGCCACCGGUUGCUGUUGAUAUUCCAGAGCCAUCGGUUGCUGUUGAUAUUCCAAACCCACCUGUUGCAGUUGAUGUGGCUGAACCUGAAGAUGAGGAGGCGCCUAAACAUGAAGUUAAUCCAGGAAAGUGUGAUCUUUUUGCUGGGGAUUGGAUUCCAAACCCGUCAGGCCCGAUUUACACAAAUGCUAGCUGCCCUUUGAUUGAAGGUCACCAGAACUGUAUGAGGAAUGGUCGACCAGAUUCAGGUUAUUUAUUCUGGAGGUGGAAGCCGCGAUAUUGUGAAUUACCUCCAUUUGAUCCACAGAGAUUUCUUGAAUUAAUGAGGAAUAAAGCAUGGGCAUUGAUUGGUGAUUCAAUAUCUCGCAACCAUGUGCAGUCAUUGCUAUGCAUGCUGUCUUCAGUUGAGCAAGCAGUUGAAGUUUACCAUGACAAGGAAUACAAAUCUAAAAGAUGGCACUUUCCCUCUUACAACUUUACCAUAUCUAAUAUUUGGUCUCCUUUCCUUGUGGAAGCAGCAAUCUUUGAAGAUAAUGAUGGCGUUUCAACAGCUGAAGUUCAACUGCAGCUUGACAAACUUGAUGAGAAUUGGACAAAUUUGUAUCAGAAUUUGGACUAUGCCAUUAUCUCAACUGGAAAAUGGUUCCUCAAGGCUGCAAUAUAUCAUGAGAAAGGCACAGUAGUAGGCUGCCAUAUCUGUCCCGGAAAGAACUUUACAGAGAAGGGAUUUGUCUUUGCUUAUGAGAAAGCCCUCCAUUAUGCAAUGGACUUCAUUGCAACUUCCAAACAUAAAGGUUUGAUCUUCUUUAGGACUUCAACUCCUGAUCAUUUUGAUAAUGGAGAAUGGCAUAAUGGAGGGAAUUGUCCAAAAACAACGCCUGCUAAAGAGGGUGAGAUGGAAUUGAAGGACUUGAACAGGAUUCUGCGCGACACUGAAUUAGCAGAAUUCGAGAAGGCGUCUGCAAAAGCUGCUGAAAAAGGAGUAAGCCUUAAACUUCUCGACUUCACAAAUCUUUUAGUAUCAAGACCUGAUGGGCAUCCAGGUCCAUACAGACAGUUCUAUCCAUUUGCUAAGGACAAAAACGCCACGGUUCAGAAUGACUGUCUGCAUUGGUGUUUGCCUGGGCCAAUUGACUACUGGAAUGACGUGAUAAUGGAGAUGGUAGUUAACAGUUGAGAAAAUCAGCAACACUCAAGAGAACUAAACCUGUAGCCUUGUUAUCCUGUAAUUUUCAACUAUGAAGAUUCUGGUGAUGCUUCGCCAUGGAAGUCUAAGGAUUGAUUGCGGCUUCCUAGUUUCUGUACUGUGAAUACCGGCAUCGGCACACUUCAUUAUUGCUUUCUUCCCCUUGGAUGCCGGAGGUUGUCAUUCUUUGGGGGUUACAUUAUAAUGGAUUUUCAUCAUUCAAUAUAUAUAUAAUUGUGACUUCAGAGACCAGGGGGAGAUAGUUGAGCAUUAUUAUAAAUAUAUAGUCCAUGUUGUUAUUUACUCUCUCUUCUCUCUCUAUAUAAAAUAGAAAUGAGUGAUAAUCAUUUGAUUAUUGUA